GGUUUUCUGAUACCAACUUCUUAAUAACGUAUAGAGACAAUAGCAAAUCAGAAGUAUAUUUAUCAAUCCUCAAGAAAUACAAAACAAAUUAUUACAUCCUUUGUUUUUAUUGUUUAUUUUUUACAUUCAUUUGGUUUAAUAGAUUUUCGUACUUAAUUUCUAUUAAUCGUGCUUCUACGACUGAAUAACGAAUUAAGCAAAAUAACCAUACGAGGUGGUCCAGAAUUAUGCAACAUCAUUUGUUAGAAUUAAUGUACCUUCAAAACUAAAGUUCUUGGAAAAUUAAAUAAUGCCCAAGUGUAGAAGUGCCACUUUUAACAAAAAGAAAGAAAAUGAAGCUUACAGUAGUGACGUUAUUAUUUUUUGGUGCCGCUUUUGCAGACCCUCCAAAUUUGGAUGAAUCUAUUGAAACAUUAGCCACAGGAAACAGAUUAUUCAAUACAGCGGUGUAUAAAGAAACUUUAAAAACCAACAAAGGCAACAUAAUAUUUAGCCCUUUUUCUGCUGCAACAGUCUUAAGUUUAGCUUCGGAAGGUGCUAAAAAUGUAACUAAAUCAGAAUUGAUCGAAGCAUUACAUUUAUCCGCAGAAAGCGAAAAGAACCAAGAAGCUUUUAAACAACUUUUACCAAAAUUGUCUAUACAGACACCGUAUGUAUCACUACUAAGUGCUAAUAAAAUCUAUGCCGACGACGGUGUUACAUUAGAAGACGCAUUUAAAAAAAUUGCAGUGAACAUUUAUCGAUCUGACGUUGAAAAUGUCAAGUUUGCUGAAAAUAUAGAAGCCGCUAUUCGAAUAAAUAGGUGGGUGGAGGAUCAAACGCGGCGUAAAAUAAAAAAUCUUAUUGAAUCAGACGAAAUUAACGCAGAUACUGUUCUAGUACUAGUGAACGCUUUGUAUCUCAGGGCUGAUUGGUUUCACCCUUUCACUAAGUCUUCUACUCAUCCCCAAAAAUUCUACAGGACAACUAGCGACUUUAAAGAAGUUGAUAUGAUGCACAACGUAGCUUUAUUCGGUUAUUACGAAAAUACAGAAUUAAAUACGCGAUUCAUCAAUCUUAGAUUUAAAUAUGAAGGACUUAGUAUGGUCAUAGCUCUUCAUAAUGAAAUAGAAGGUAUAACAACAUUACAAGAUAAUUUAGAGGAAGUCUUUAAAUCUCAACCAUGGAAACCAGAAUUCGUUGAUCUGAAACUACCCAAAUUUUCCAUAAGUUCCAGUAUUAAUUUUGUUAACAUUCUCAGGGCGCUUGGAGUUGAGAAGAUAUUUGAUGAAGCUCAAGCUGAUUUGAGUGGUCUUUCAACUAACCGUAAAAAUCUGUAUGUGUCUAACGUGGUUCAGAAAGCGUUCAUAAACGUUACUGAAAUUGGUAGUGAAGCAGCUGCAGCCUCCGCAAUUAUGAUACAAACUAGAUCCGGACAUAUGAUUGGACCGAACAGGAAAAUAUUCCACGCAGAUCAUCCCUUUAUUUUCUAUAUAAAAUACCAUGACGUAAUUUUAUUUACAGGAAGAUACACUUUUUAAUUCCCAUUUUAUAUUUAUAGUUAACUAUUGUUCCUUUAUUGUAAGAUUUUUUGACCAUUUACUUUUUGAAUAUGUACUAUAGAUUACUUUCAAUAUAUAAUUAAUCAUU